CAGUAGGUUUCCCAACACCACGACACAUCCACCGCUAGCACGUUUUCGUUGUAAACAAAAGGUUUAAUAUUCUAUUCUCCGCCAGCCCCGAGAAGCAUCACCAUGUCAUCGUGGAAGAAGGCAUCAAAGAGCAACCAGAAAGUGCACCGGGAGCGGCACCAGCCGGAGUCCCGCCAGCACUUGGGUUUACUGGAGAAGAAAAAGGACUACAAGAAGCGGGCCAUUGACGCUCAGCGCAAGGAGAAGACCCUCAAACUGCUGCACAGGCGAGCCCAGAACAAAAACCCAGACGAGUUCUAUCACCACAUGGUCAACGCUAAGCUUUCCAAUGACGAGCAUCACGAAAAGGAGAAGGAGGACACUCACACACCCGAGCAGCUGGCCCUUAUGCAGACGCAGGACCUCAAAUACGUCGUUAUGAAGCGUACCAUUGAGCGGCGAAAAAUCGACCGCCUCAAGGUGACUGUGGUGGACGUGGAUGCGGACGCCAGCAAGGCCCUCAACCAGCGUUUUGUCUAUGACGAGCAGGGUCGCAAACAGACCGUCAGUCUGGGUGAUCGGCUCAAGGAGGCGGAGCAGGAGGUUGCCAAAGGAAAAACGUCGAACACAGAAAAGCAGCAGCGGAUCAACGAGCUCCGAAAGCGGGAGCUGCGUGAGCGGGAGCUAGGCAUCGUCCAGCAGAAGCUGCAGCUCAACCACGCCCUGAAGCAGCCGCGUUUACUCAAGCCAAAGAAAUUGAAGUCAAGUUCCAAGGAUGGUGCGGCGGUAUACAAAUUCCGAUACGAGCGAAAGAAAUGAGACGAAUUAAAUCGCCUUCUUAUGACUAGGAA